UUCCCGCCCUACCCCCCCCCCCCCCAAUAAAGCACGGUGACACUAUUAUUCGUGUAGUUAUUUAGUUUGCAACCUCAGCUAGUGCCUAUUUUAAAAUAAAGUGGGAAGAAGCGUCUGGACUGUGCCGUCCAAAAAGCCGAGGGGGCAGCAGUGAUUAUCUCCUACCGCUUUUCUUCCUCGACCCCCUACAGAGGCCGCGGAGCUAUUCCAGCCCCAGCUGCUCACCGGAGGCGGCCGCCUUGUCGCGCGCCGCCUACCCGGGGGGACGCUGCCUGCCUCAGCCGCCGGCUCGCGCCUGUGCGCGCGCGCUCUGCCUCGCCAAGCGCCCGUGAGCUCUGCUGAGAGCGUCCUGGAGCCCUCAGCAAAAGAUUCCCCUCCGCGAGAAGGCGACACCCACUCCCAGCCCUAAGAGCAGCGUGAUGGUGCUGUAAGGUCUCCCCAGGGGGCUGCAGCAAGCUGCUUGGAGCUUGACCUCUUUUGGGGGACUGCAGACAGGAGGGGCAAUCCCCCGUGAGCUGAGGGGGGGAAAAAGACGGACGUUUUUGCGGGAAGCAGGAAAGGAAACCCACCCUCCUCCUCCGGCAUGGGGCUUUGUGGCAGUGCCCCGGUGAGUCGUGCAGAGUUCGGGGGUAACUUGCAGCUGGCUGCCCUGGAAUAGAGACUCUCCGGACCGGAUCAGUUGGCGUUUGUUGUCUAUGUCUUAUUGGGAGAGCUGGUGGAUUUUUGUCUCACUCCUGGAGGAAGAGCCCAGGGUUGGUGGUUGCCGCCUUCUUGGUCUUUUUUGGAGGGUGAAAGAAGGGAAGGGAUCUCGCUUGAGCCGUGCAGAGAGAGAGCUUGGACAUGUGUUGUCAGCACAUCUGGGGAAUACAGUCUGCAAGUCCGAAAGGAGAUUUGCUGGGAUCGUUCAAACUGCGAUAUUGAUCUUUGUUAUUUCUUUUCGCCGAGGGAUGCACUUGGCAUGAGACUCGGAGGAUGGAAAUUGUUUGGGAGGUGCUUUUUCUUCUGCAAGCCAAUUUCAUCGUCUGCAUUUCAGGUGGCCUGUGUAAGUUUUAUGGUGUCCUUAACUAUUCGCUUCCUAUUGCUUGGACUUAAUGAAGUGACUUCUCAACAGAAUUCACCAAAAAUCCAUGAGGGCUGGUGGGCCUAUAAAGAGGUGGUCCAGGGAAGCUUUGUUCCAGUUCCUUCCUUUUGGGGAUUGGUGAACUCAGCCUGGAAUCUUUGCUCUGUUGGAAAAAGGCAAUCACCUGUCAAUAUAGAAACCAGCCAUAUGAUCUUCGACCCUUUCCUAACUCCACUUCGCAUAAAUACAGGAGGCAGAAAGGUCAGUGGGACAAUGUAUAAUACAGGGAGACAUGUUUCUCUACGAUUAGACAAAGAGCAUUUGGUGAACAUCUCUGGAGGGCCCAUGACCUACAGUCACCGCUUGGAAGAGAUCCGGUUACACUUUGGAAGUGAAGAUAGCCAGGGAUCAGAACAUCUACUUAAUGGACAAGCUUUUUCUGGGGAGGUUCAACUAAUCCAUUAUAACCAUGAGUUGUAUACAAAUGUCACAGAGGCUGCAAAAAGUCCCAAUGGCUUGGUGGUGGUUUCUAUAUUUAUGAAAGUGUCUGAAUCAUCAAAUCCAUUUCUAAAUCGCAUGCUAAACAGAGACACCAUAACAAGAAUAACGUAUAAAAAUGAUGCAUACUUACUGCAGGGACUUAAUAUUGAGGAACUUUAUCCCGAGACCUCUAGUUUCAUUACAUAUGAUGGGUCCAUGACCAUUCCACCCUGCUAUGAAACAGCAAGUUGGAUAAUAAUGAACAAGCCUGUCUACAUAACAAGGAUGCAGAUGCAUUCUUUACGACUGCUAAGCCAGAAUCAGCCAUCACAGAUAUUUCUGAGCAUGAGUGACAAUUUCAGACCAGUCCAGCCUCUCAACAAUCGAUGUAUCCGAACUAAUAUCAAUUUUAGUUUACAGGGUAAAGAUUGUCCAAACAACAGAGCACAGAAACUACAGUAUAGAGUAAAUGAAUGGCUCCUCAAGUAAUUAAGACAAACAGGAAAAACUCCUAACCUCAGUGGAAUGCUACUACUGUGAAUUGACAUAAUCUAGAAUGCACCCAGCCUCAUUCACUCUUUGGAUUCAUGACAGUAUGUGCAAACGUGCUGCAAGAAAAAAGCUGCCAAGAUGGAAACUUAACUAAAAAUUCAUUCAUAUGAUUGAUCAUAAUAAAAAAGAGACAAUAACUACAGUAAAUGUGAUUACAAUUUUGAUACAGUUUUCCUGAACUAAUUUAGCUUCACAAAGAAAGACUUUUCAGCCUUUGUACAUAUGAAAUUCUUUCUUUCCUCCCCUUCAAAAGAAAAAAAAAUAAAAAAGAAAGGUGGCUCCGUACAGCAUCAAAGUGGAGUUGUGUUCUGUGUGCCAAGUAAUCCUUGGAAAGCUCUCAUUAUAUCCCUAUCAUUAAUGGAUACUGACAAGACAGAAUAAGAAGAUUGUAGAGGAAACUUAUUUCUAGGUUAUGAUCCUUCUGUUUAUUUAAUUAAAAAAGGACAGACAUUGAGAGAUAAGUAUUGUAAAUAUAUCACCGCAGAAUGUAAAAGAAAUUGAAAUAUAUCCCCCUUUGUCACAUAUCUGUAGUAGGAUUUGCCAAGAUCAGAAAUGAUCCAUUUUCUGUUUCUUGUUUUACAAAGGUCAUACAUUGUGUUUGGUUACUGUUAACAACUCAAUAAAUGUGUUGAACAAA